AUGAGUGGCAACGCGGGAGCUCACGAGCAGCCUGGCCUCGAAGUCAACUAUCAGCCAGGCCUGGAGGUGGAUACACGAUACUUACCGGGACGCGAUUCCGAAAUUCUGCAGCCAGUGCCGUACCAAAAUGAAGCAAAACCCUCGCCUUUGAGCUACACCGGUCAACAUUAUGGUGCUCAAGCGUACCAAAGCGUCCCAACAGAGGCUGCACCGGCUGCAGCGCCCGCGACGGCGACGCGGAAGCGAAGCAGGAAAGUUUUGUGGAUAGUCGUUGGUGUUGUCGCGGUGUUGGUCAUCAUUGGUGCAGUUCUUGGAGGGGUUCUCGGAAGUCGAACCUCAGAACCAGACACGAACGAUGCAUCCUCGGGUAGUUCGACAAGUAAUGCAACGUCGCUUGAAAACAUUCGUUCGGGCUCAAGACUAGCUGUCACUGGCUACCGUGAUGGUUCGAACUACCGCAUGCGUCUGUUCUACCAAGGCCCGGACCAGAAAUUGCGCGUCUCUUCGUAUGCAAGCAAUGAAUCUUCUUGGUCGGACCCGAUUGUCUUGACCGGGUUGGAGCACGCUGCAGGCGAGAAUACCCCUCUGGCUGCAUCGCUGUCCGUGGAAAGCACACCGGUCCAGUACAAGCUGAUAUAUGUCGGCGAGAACUCGGUGAUGAGAGGGCACGGAUACAUAGAUGCCCAGGGCCAGGCAGAGCAAGGGGCUCGAUUAGCUUUGAAUGACUACCCUCUGACGGUGCCGCCAACCUCCAGACUUGCUUCAUAUUGGCCGUUCAUCAUAUCGCAGGACUCAGACGGGCAUUUCAGGUGGACUCGUUAUUGGCCCGCGCCAGCCACGACGCGGUGGGAGAACAGCACUCUAGGCGUAAUUGGCUCUACGAACGCCGGCAUGGUCGUGCUACCUGCCUCGUCGUGGUAUUUCAAUAUGGGAGGCUUCGUCUACCGCCGCAGUGAUGGCAAGAUGAUGACGUAUCUUGCCGAUCAGAAUAACAACGACACUGGUACUGCCUGGGGCUCGAGUGAACUUUCACAGCCUAUCCCUGAGGACUCCCCUAUCGGCGGCUUCGCCGUUGCGCGUCCCGCCAGCACGACCAACCAAACAAAUACUUAUCUGCUUUACCAAGACAAAAGUGGAACGAUUCAAGUUGUGUCUCAGGAUGACACAACGGGUUGGAAAGGGCCUCAAACUUUUAGCGCGUUCGACAACGCAGACAAUGGCACCGACAUUGCUUGCUUGACACCUGCUGCGUGGGAUGAGGCUGGGGUAGAAAUCACUAGUAACCAGCAAAUGAAUAGGUGUUACUUCCAGGUGGGAAACAAAGUGCGAGAGGUGUUCUAUGAUGGUUCGAAAUGGAAUGAUGAGGGGUACCUACCUAUAACGUGA